UAUUACUAGUUCAGGGGCAGGUCAUUGUAAUUACUUGUUAUAAAAUACUACACCUCAUAAUUGGCCAUAUCAGAUCACCACACCUCCAAAAGAAAUUUGGUACCUAUAUAAAUCCUCACCCCAAAACUCAUUAUCACAGUCAUUCACAGUUGUGCAAAUCUCUCGAAAUGGCAUUCAAAUUCGUCGCUUUCUUCGCUCUGGUGACAGUAGCUCAGGCGGGUCUCAUCGGCCAGGAAUCACGCCCAGCCUACUCAGACUCCACCGCAGUCUCCUACUCCAGCAUCUCAUCCCCAAUCAACCCGCACGAUGCCGGUGCCUCCCCCUUGGCUGCCAGAGCCCCAUCAUACGCCGCUCCCACCGUCACAUCGCCAUCCUUCUUCCACUCAUCGGCCCCAUCAGCUCCCAUCCGAGUAGCCGCCCCAGAAUAUAGGCUGGCUGCCCCAUCGUCAUACGCCGCUCCAUCCCAUGCCAGACAAGAGGAAUAUGCCCCUGCCCACUACUCCUUCGGUUAUGAGGUAAACGACCCUCACACCGGAGACGUGCACGGUCAGCAGGAGACCCGCGAAGGGGAUGUCGUCAAGGGUAGUUACUCCCUUGUCGAAGCUGACGGAUCCAGGCGUCUGGUCGAAUACACAGUGGACGCCCACAGUGGUUUCAACGCAGUCGUGCACAGGGAAGCUGGCGUAGGUCAUGUUAAAAGUGCCGCCCCGUCAGCAGUCGUCAGGCCUGUUGCCUAUGCUGCCCCUCAGGCUGUUUAUGCUGCUCCUCGUGCUGCCCACGCCUACUCGUCUCCUGCUGUGGCCAGGUUAGGAGCUCCUGCUGUAGCUAAAUCGGCUUACUCUGCCGCCCCAGCUGCGUUUCACUACAGCGUAUCUGCUCCAGUAGCCCGUCAUGCUGCUGCUCCCUCUUACUACCACUAA